AAUAGAAAUUAAGGCUUAUCUCAGAUACUUUUGUUGGGCACUGAUAGCAGAUGGAAUAGUUCGCAAAAUAUAUAAAUACAGCAACAAGAACAGAAUAGUUUACAGCUGUCAUUGCAUCCUGUAGGAAUGUCUCGUCGUAUACGGAGAUAUCUCUUCUCGCUGCUCUGUACCCUGCAGGCGGUGCUAAUCAAUUGCUUCGAUAUCGGAAUAUCGACCAAGUGUGUGGCCGUGCCUAAAGAAAUGAGACUGUGCCAGGAUGUCGGAUACUCAGAAAUGAGGCUUCCAAAUUUGCUGGGCCACAAAACCCUAGAUGAAGUUAUUUCGAAGUCCGCGAAAUGGGAGUCUCUGAUUCGGACAGGAUGUCACUCGCAGGCGGGAACGUUUCUCUGUUCCUUGUUUGCUCCAGUUUGCUUGGAUACCUUCAUCCAGCCGUGCAGGAGUAUGUGUGUGGCUGUUCGGGACAGUUGUAGUCCGGUCCUUGCUUGCCUCGGUCUUUCUUGGCCCGACGCCCUUUCCUGCGACCGAUUCCCAGCCGAUGAAGACACCUGUUUAACAUCGACCAGUGCAGAGUCCAGCGACUACCGAAAACUUUUCCCGAAGCCUAUCUGCCAGGGUUGCCCGAAUACAGAGGAACCGGGGGCGCACAGAACAGUUUUGCAGACAUUGUGUCAAAACAACUUCGCUGUGAAGGUUACACUGACCAAACGGAGAAAUGUUUCGGAUGAUUCCGAGUAUAACUUGGCGGGACGGGUGGAAAUAAUCAGCCGCGGUUCAUUGUUUCCCUUCGGAACUCGUACCGUUAUUCAGCAAUGGCUUCUCGUCAACGCAAACUGUGUGCAGAAAAUGACCCGCAACGACCGAGCCGUGCAGUAUGUCCUCAUUGGGGACGUUCAGGACUCCAAUAUAAUAGUAAAUAAAAUCUACUUCUGGCACAAGAAAAACACUCAAUUGACCCUUGCCGCUCGGAAAUGGAAACAACAUAAAUGUUAAACUGAUAUUGUAACAGUACUUGUGGAUACAUUAUUGCAC